AUGAAGCUUACAGCCAUCUACCUCAUUGCCUCCGCAGUUGCCCUUCAAAUUGGUGGCGUGUUUGGCGAGGACGUCCCCAAACAUGGCCAGGUCGAUUCCAGACACGGCCAAGGCAGUUCCAACCAUGGGAACAACAAACCCGACAAACAAUUCCUUUGGGGCUGGAGGUGCCAGGUUGCACUCAUCGAACACGUGGAUGGAAAGAAAGUCGAGGUUGGCAAAGUCGUCACCGAGAUUGGGGGUGAGGGCUCUUUACAUAAUGUACAAUUGGGCGAGAAAGGAUAUGUUCGAUUCAAAACGAGACAAAACUGUUAUCCCGAUAUAAUUGAAGGGACAAUGGACGGGGAUCGUUUCGAGCUUGGGCACAAGAGAAGAUGGACUGUUGUAAGGACGACCAAGGUUCCUGGAGAGGACAAAGCCCCGCUGGUCGCCGAAACACAGUAG